AUGUACGUGCACCAGGAGCAAGCUCAAACUCCACUGGUAUGGCAGAGGGUUGUGGACAGUAUCUCUCAGGAACCUAUAAAAGGUGCCACCACCCUGACCAAGAGCAAGAGUCAGCUGCUGACAGCAUCAGAGACUGAGAGCACCUACAUCAGAUCACACACAAAAAUCUGUCAAGCAGCAGUCUCAGGAGGUGGUGAAUCUGCUUCGAGAGUUUUCCAGCAGAGGCAGGCCUCCCCCGGGGCCCCGCCCGGGAGGGAAUCGGCCCCCCAGGGCCGUGGCACCCCAGUCCGAGGUCGCCGGCCGGGGGGCGGAGACCGGGAGCGGGUGUGCGCGUGCCAGAGGCUGCAGCUGCGCCCCGGGGUCUCCCCUGGGAGCGCCGCGGGGCGGAGCGGGCCGGGCCGGAGAGCUGAGCAGUCCUCCGCCGGCGGCUGGGAGCGCGGGAAGGGGCGCAGCAUGCUCGCGGCUGUCGGGGGCCCCCUGCGCCUCGGCCUGGGGCACAUCUUCCGUUGCGCCCCGGGAGCGCACGGAGAAGCCGCGUGGCGGGCCCUCGCGCCUCCGCGGCCUCGGAGUCUGCCCCGCUACUGUAGCAGCCGUGCCCCCAGCGGCUCUGGGCCCCAAGCAGGGAAGGUGCACCGGGUCCCCGCCGAGUACAAGCCUUCGCAAUUCGACAAGAAAAUCCUGCUGUGGACCGGACGUUUCAAAACGAUGGAGGACAUCCCGCCUCGGAUCCCAGCUAAACUAAUUUGGUAUAGCAGAUCAAAGCCAGAUGGAUGGGCCAGAAAUGAUAGAUGCUGCAAGAAACAAAGCUCGGGUGAAAGCUUGUUACAUAAUGAUUGGACUCACAAUUAUCGCCUGUUUUGCAGUGAUAGCAUCAGCCAAAAGGGCUGCAGAACGACACGAGUCCUUAACAAGUUGGAAUUUGGCAAAGAAAGCUAAGUGGCGUAAAGAAGCUGCAUUGGCUGAACAGGCUAAGGCUAAAUGAAACUCGAAGUAACAAAGUGUUAAUCAGAAUAUCAUUGCUAUUAUCAAAAACAAUAAAAGAUAGAUAAAACAGAA